AUGGAAUUUACAAAUGCUUUUACUUUGGAAUUUGGAGGGAAAACUUCGUGGUUCGACUGUCACCGUAGAUUCCUGCCACGAGACCAUGUCUUUAGAAGAAACAAGACUGAUUUCAAAAAAGAUGUACAAGUAAAAGAUUUUCCUCCUCCUCGAUUGUCACCAGAGGAAAUAUGGAAUCGAGUUUUUGAACUGCCAAAAUUCACAAAUUAUGGUGAAGCAUACAAAAUUCAAGGAUAUGGGGUCAAACACAAUUGGACAAAAAGAAGUAUAUUUUGGGACCUCCCAUAUUGGAAAGAUAAUUUAUUGCGACAUAAUUUUGAUGUUAUGCAUAUUGAAAAGAAUUUCUUCGAUAAUAUAUUUAACACAGUGAUGGAUAAUCAAGGCAAAACAAAAGAUAAUGAGAAGGCUAGAAGGGACAUGGAAAUUUUGUGUGAUAGAAAAGACUUGGAGUUGAAGCCUCAGCCUAAUGGAAAAUUAUUAAAACCUAAGGCUUGUUAUAGUCUAACUUCCCAAGAUGCUAAAGCGGUUUGUCGAUGGUUAAAUGAAUUGAGAAUGCCCAAUGGUUAUGCUUCAAAUUUAGCAAGGUGUGCUGACACCAAAACUGGGAAGUUGCAUGGAAUAAAAAGUCAUGAUCGUCAUGUUUUCAUGGAAUGA